AUGUCAUCAGUCGCCCAUGAAUUCUUGCAUUCGGAUCGGAUUAAUGCACGUCGGGAUCAUCAACGUUCUUCUGUGCAUAUCCACGCGUCUUGGGAAGACUUUCGUCAGCAUAUUUUGGAACAAUUCGGUGAGGUAGAGGUGCGACGACAAGAGAUCGUCUGGAGACUAGCGGAGUCGGAGGCAACUUUCGUAACUAACCUUCAGAACAUGGUGCAGCUCUUCAUCCUUCCCCUACGCGUCCGACGCACGAAGGUCUGGGUUUCUGGCGUACCAGACGACGUCUCGAGGUUGUUUGACUGGCUAGAAGAUAUCGUACACCUCCACACGAAAUUAUCCGCCAGUCUCAUCGGCGUUCGGGAUGUGCGUAUUUCCGACCUGCAAUUCGUCGGGGAAAUUCUUCAACCUUUCGUGGCAAAGCUUGAGAUAUACCAGCCUUACCUGGUAAAGCUGGAAUUCGUCGCAACCAGAAUCGAACAUAUGAUCGCCCAGGAGAAAAGUGACAUUGGAGAUUUUAUCAAGCUACAAGAGCGCUCCUCCGCUUGCCAGGGAUGGACAUUGGAGAAAUAUUUGGUCGAACCUGUCCAUAGACUCUCCCAAUACCCUGACUUUUUUAACCGGCUCUGCCACGCUACCCCGAAGUCCCAUCCCGACUAUCUCUCGACAUUAUCUGUCCUUCACUCUGCUAAGCUUACGAUCCGUGUUCUCAGUGAGGUCAAAGAUCGGGAGGACGAGUAUGAGUUCGUGAAAGACACAUUCUCACACAUAGUGAACGUUCCCUCCCAACUUCCCUGCCGCGACAGGCGUCUGCUGAUGCACGGUCCUGUCGCAUGUGCCAGAGUGGAAAAUGAUGAUGACUUACCAGUCAUGCGCCCUUCCACCAACUUGCACGGUUUUCCAGAGCCGCUGAAAAGCCCCUCUCCCGAUUUGCGGCCACGACACAAUGAAAGACUCUCGAAUGCGCUGAAAGGUUGGCGUGGACGCAGUGGAUCAGUGCAGUCUACAGCCUCGACGGCAGCGUCGCUGCAAUCCUUUCGUACUGCUCCAUCAUCAUUUGACUUCCGUUCUGAGUCACAAGUGGGGUCCAGGAAUAGCCCUCUGCUUCGCAUCGAGUCUCCAGCUGUUGACAUCCGGUUAUUCGUUUUCACUGACCUGAUCGUGAUGACCCCCACCACCAAUCACCACGAUGAUUCCCAACGCACUUCUGCAGAUUUGCGCAUACUCGACGACUUUGGUCUCUCCAGAAUCCUUUCUGUGACGGACGAGACAGAUAGAAGGUCGUCCAUCUCCCUGGAUAUAGUUCCACUGACCGCUGAGGAGCUUGAGAGAGGAUAUGCGAACUCAAAAGGACGAGUUUUGACUGUGUCAUUGUCGCACGGCACUUCCCGAUCUUCUGUAUCAGAGGCGUCUAUGCAGUGCGCCGUUUUGAAGGAUUGGUUGGUACCACUAAGACAAUGUUGUCAGCACACACUGAGGUCGUUAUCUUCGCCAUCCGCGAAGGGCCCCCUGGCUCACGCGUCGAAAGAAUCCGAGAUCAGUCAAUCAGUCUUGUCCAUCCUCGCGUCAGGAUUGCCAUUUCCUAAAAGUCCUUCCAUGCAGUUACAUGGUGUCGAACAAGGGCAAGCAGGGGAUGCGGAGCAACAAGAAAGGGAAGAGCGCGGGUGGUGGUCGCUGCGGUUCCACGAGGUCCUGCGAGAAAUACGAGGACAAGAAGUGGCACUUGUUCGAUGACAUCGUGGU